GUGAAAAAGUAGUACGUAUUUGCAAGGAUACAUCUUUCUACUUUCUAGACACACAUCGAGAAAGCUAAUAAGCUAUUGACCAGCGGGGCAACGGAAUAGCGUGCUGCUAUACGGUCAGUCAUACGGACUUUGUAUUUCGUGAUUCUUUUUUAUGACCUCAUUCGCCUCGAUGAGUGAAAAAAGUUUAGCUGAAGAAACUCAAGAAUCUGCAGAAAGUGAUUUGCCCAAAGGAGAAGAAUUUGGAGCUGAAAGUGUUGGAAUUUACUCUAAAAAUGUUAGGGAAAAUAAUCAAAUUAGGAAUUCAAUUGAUAGGAUCAGUGCAUUGCCGGAUUGCUUACUUGUUCACAUCAUAUCUUUUCUGGAUUUGAAGAAAGCUGCUACUACGAGUAUUUUGGCCAAAAGAUGGCAGUUUCUUUGGGCUGAAUUGCGGAACCUUGAAUUCGGAUUUUAUCAUUGGGGUAAAAGUAAGGAAACUAAGAAUACAUCUGACUUUGUGGCUUGGGUUAAUAGCAUCAUUGCUACUCGUCGUGGAAAUUAUCUUGAGAAGUUGAGGGUUACUUUCAAGUACGAGGAUUGCUUUGCUCCAGAUGUUGAUAAUUGGCUGGAGUUUGCCAUAAAAAGUAAGGUGAAAGAACUCGAUUUGGGAACUAGCUUCAGCAAAGAUUUGUACAUUCUUCGUGAAAUGAUGUAUUAUAAUUUAUCCUUGACAUCAUUGUAUUUGGAAGGUUGCAUUUUGGAUCCUAAAAGAACAAUCGUGUGGUCAUCUUUGACUACAUUACAUUUAUCAAGAGUGGAUUUGCCUGAAUAUGUAGUUGAAAAGAUAUUAUCAGGUUGUCCUGUUUUGAAUUCCUUGAAUCUGAGUAUGUGCCGCGGAUUCACUUGUUUGGAGAUCAACUCUAAAAAUCUCUGCAAGCUGCGGGUGUGGGAAUCUGAAGAAGGAAGUGAACCUUUAUUGCAAAUCUCAGCACCCUAUUUAAAAGAUUUGAAUCUUUGGUUGUCUCAUAGACAAAGACAGUUAAAGCUCAAAAACAUUUCAUCCCUUGUUAGUGCUAGUUUUGAUUAUUCCGAUUCAUUUGGGCAUUUGACCUCUGAGGAUGUAAGUAAUACAAAGGAAGUUUUUGAAAAGAUUCAGCAUGUGGAGGAGCUUAAUUUGGGGCCUGGACCCGUUAAGGCUCUAGCUGGGCUGAUGCUUAAUGGUUGGCAGCUUCCAAAAUAUAAGCUAUGGUGGUUGAAAAUAGAAUUGGUAUGUGGUGCUUCAGAAACCAUACCCGGCAUUUUGGGUCUGCUGGAAUCUUCUCCAGUCAUUGAGACAUUGGUCAUUAUUUGUGAGGACUCCCCCCAUGGAUUGGACGAUCACUGGGGCCCACCUGCAAAAGAUAAUUUGGUUUGCGACUUAUUGCACUUGAAGAUGAUCAAAUUGAUUGACUUGGCAGAUCCAGAUCUUGAUGGUGAACCAUUGCUCACGUUGGCCCGAAUCCUUCUUAAGAGGACACCAGUAUUGGAAUAUAUGGAAACAUAUGUUAGCAUUAAAGAUGCAGAUUUCUUUGCCAAGAUAGGACUAACCUUGCUCAGUUACCCUAGAUCCUCACCAAAUGCUGUCAUCGAUCUAUCAGAUUGUUGAUUUUUAUGUGUUUAAUUUCUUUAAAAUGUAAGGCAUUUAGUAUUCUCUACCUGUUUUUUCUAUUUUGUCUAACUUGCUACUAGUGGGAUGUUUUUUCUGCAUUUCAUAUUUAAAACACUUUUGG